UGGACCUGGCAAAACCGCCGUGCAGUUCCCACUCGAGAAAAACAGAGCGUCGCCUUCGCUUCGCCUCCAUGGCUCCAUAACUCCCUGCGGUUGUCAACAAAGGAAAACGAACCGCGGACGGGCGUGAGGAAACAAAACGCCCAGGCCGCGCUUCCUCUUUCCUUUCUUCGCCACCCACUGAGGGUCUCUUUGCUCCGCCGUCGUCUUCCUCUUUCGCUUUGGGGACUCCGAUCUUGUCCCUUUUAGAUGGGGUCUCCCGGUCAAAGGCCACGCUUCCUUUGGAAGUUUCCGUUUUGACCACUUCCUCAAGAGAUUUACACGUCCUUGUUAAGAUAAGGAUUUGCACGGUUGUUUCUUUUGUUUCGCGGUCCUUGGCGGAUCCAUCCACUCUGACUUGUUCCAAGUCCAAGGCUGCCUGUUCGACCCCAGGUGUGGCGAUCAUCCUCCAGUUCUCGCGCCCGCGCUCGAGGAAGAACUUAGGCAGAGGCAGAGGCCAUCUCAUCUCAGGGAACAGAGCCAAGGAGCGAUCCCGCAGCCACUCGAUCCGUCCUCGUCUCGGCAAGACUGGUCGGGUGAUCGCCGGCCAGGAUGGAGCAGCUCCGGCAGCUCGGCGAGGUGGUGGGCGCCAUCGACGCGCUCAUGGCGUUCGAGCCCGAGCUCCGCGUAAACCCGCGCCAGUGCCGCCUCCUGGCCGACGCGUGCGCCCGCGCGCUCGCCGCCGUCACGGGCGAGGUGCGCGCGCACCUCCGCUUCGAGGAGCGCGGCGCCAAGUGGCGCGCCGUGGAACCCGCGCUCCGCGAGCUCCACCGCGCGUUCCGCGACGCCGAGGGCUACGUCCGUCAGUGCCUGGACCCGCGCGGCGGGGGCAGCUGGUGGGGGCGCGCCGCGGCGGCGGCGCACUGCACUGACUGCGUGGAGCAGCACCUCCACGGCAUCCUCUGGUGCGUCGCCAUCGCGGUCGAGGCCGUCGAGGCCGCCGCGGAGAUCGCAGGUCACGACGCCGACGAGACCGCGCGGAGGCGUCUGGUGCUCGCCAACAAGUACGACAGCAGGAGCAUGCUCGAGCCCAGGCUGUUCCAGCACGCGUACGGCAAGCUGUACCUGGUGUCCCAGGAGCUCGUUGCGCGGAUGGACACGGUGUGGAAGGAGGACAGGUGGCUGCUAUUGCAGCUGCUCGACGAGAUGAAGUCGCCGGCGGCGCCGAAGCCGCUGACGAAGAGCGAGCAGCGGCUCGCCGACGUCCUGGCAGCGCCGCGGGGAAAGCUGCACUCGGCGUCUGUCCUGCUCAACGGCGACUACAGCGUGCGGAGGCGCCUCGGCGGCAACCUCAAGGAGGCGCAUUGGAUGGGGGAGAGCUUCGCGGUGAAGCAUUUCAUCGGGGACUCCGAGGCCGAGGUCUCGAUGCUGUCGUCGGUGGCGCACCCGAACGUGGCGCACGCCGCGUACUGCUUCCACGACGAGGAGAGGAAGGAGUACUUCGUGGUCAUGGACCAGCUCAUGGUCAAGGACCUCGCCAGCUACGUCAAGGAGAUGAGCAGCCCGCGGCGGCGAAUCCCGUUUCCCCUCGUCGUCGCUGUCGACAUCAUGCUGCAGAUUGCGCGCGGGAUGGAGCACCUGCACUCCAAGAAGAUCUACCACGGCGAGCUGAACCCGUCCAACGUGCUCGUGAAGCCGCGGCAGCCCGACGGGUACGUGCACGUCAAGGUCGCCGGGUUUGAGCGGCGGGGCGCCGUCACAAAUGGCGCAAAGGCGUCUGCUAAUGGCAGUGGCAAUGCCAGCGCAGCCGGCAGCGGCGGCGACGACACCUGCAUCUGGUACGCGCCGGAGGUUCUCGAGCAUCAGGAGAGCCGCGACAGGCACACCGAGAAGGCGGACGUGUACAGCUUCGCGAUGAUCUGCUUCGAGCUGCUGACGGGCAAGGUCCCGUUCGAGGACAACCACCUGCAGGGCGACAAGACGAGCAAGAACAUCCGCGCCGGCGAGCGGCCGCUGUUCCCGUUCCAGGCGCCCAAGUACCUGGUCGCCCUGACGAAGCGCUGCUGGCACGCCGACCCGGCGCAGCGCCCGCCGUUCGCCUCCGUCUGCCGCGUCCUCAGGUACGUGAAGCGGUUCCUGGUCAUGAACCCGGAGCAGCAGCAGGGCCAGGCCGACGCUCCGCCGGCCGUGCCGGCCGCUGACUACCUCGACAUCGAGGCGCAGCUGCUGAGGCGGAUCCCGGCGUGGCAGCGUGGCCAGGGCGCACCACCGCGCGUGGUGGACGUGCCGUUCCAGAUGUUCGCGUACAGGGCCGUGGAGAGGGAGAAGACCGCCGGCGCGCACGCCAGCAGGGACAGGGUCACGGAUUCCGGCAGCGAGGAGGACUCGCUGUGCGGCGACGAGAACGGGGUCGGCGCCACCACGCCAGACGACGACGCGUCCACCGUGUCAAACGGCACUGUGAGGUCGCGCCCGGACAGCUGCGACGGCAAGAAGACUCCGGUCAGGAAGGCAGACGUCAAGGCGCCGCCCAGACAAGGAGGGUCUCAACAGAAGGUGAAACCGGCGAGCGCGGUGAAGCCUCCGCCGGCGACGAGGAAAACGGUGGGCGUGAAGCCCGAGCAUCCGGCGCGGCGGCCGAAGUCCGGGCACGCCUCGGACUAGGAUUCUAGGAGGCAGCUGCGCUUGUAGCUGGACUGCUGGAAACCGCAAGGAGCUGUCAUGUUUGAUCUAGCGUGGAAUGGUGUGCAUCCCAGCAGCUCGCUUUUGAUGAACAAGGUUUUUGCAGUGGUUGAUUCGUUCAAUAGGUUCUUGUUUUAGAGUCUUCAGUCUUGCAUUUGACAUUUGCAUAGAUCCAUGAAUCCAUCGCCUGCAAGUUUGAUUGUGGCACCUGGAUUGUUCUGGGACUCUGGGUGUUCCGAGAGAGACGUUUUAGGCUUUGCCAUGGUUUGAUUGGCUAUCCUACCAUCCGAUUGAUUUUGCA